GGGUGAGGGGCAGAGGGAUGAGAGGGAGAAAUGGUUGUUUUAAGAGAAGAGGGGUUGAUGAGGCUUUUAGGGAUAAUGUCGUAAAUGGCCUGCUAGUUGGGGAGGAUGGGAGUUGUAAUUCCAGCGCCUGCGGAGGACACUAAUUUUAAUCUGAUUUGUUUAUUUGUCAAACAUGCACAAGAUAACAGGUGAUGUUGCCAUUUUGAUUUUGGUAGCAAUUCUUUGGGGAACAACCAAUCCAUUUUUGAAAAGAGGAACUGAGGGUCUGGAGCAGGUAAAGAGAGAAAGCAGACCUCAGCAGAUGCUGGCGGAAAUAAAGUUCCUUUGCCUGAAUUACAAGUACAUGUUACCAUUUAUUGUAAACCAGUGUGGCUCAUUCAUCUACUAUCUCGCAUUAGGAUCCACAGAUCUAACCUUGGCUGUGCCUCUUUGUAAUUCCUUGGCCCUGGUCUUCACGGUGGCAACAGGGAAAGUUCUUGGAGAAAACAUAGGUGGUCCAAGGGCCGUUCUGGGAAUGGUCUUGGUAGUCUUGGGCGUUGCCAUCUGCAUAGCUGCAUCUGGGCACAGAAAUCCAUGAGAGAUCUCCAAAGAAGAGUGGAAAUUCUGUGGAAGACCAUUCUGAAUCUGUGCAACUGCUAAUGCCACCCUCAAAAGUUGCAGCAUGGGGUAAACAAUCCCUGGCUCCAUGUUAGAGAGAGCAUGGUUCUUCAUAUCCUGGCAAUCGCUCCUUCAUGCACUUGGAUUCCAAAGGGCCCUGGGUCCCUAGAUCUUGUCUUGAUGUUCCUGUUAGCCAGAAACUUUGUGGGGCCCCGAAAUUGCUUUAAUGGAAGCAGCAAGAUCAGGAGCCUCUAAGGGAAGGCAGAAAGAUCUCAAAACUGAGCAUUUACUGCUCAGAUACCCUUUCUGAUGCCAUGUGGAACUUCUCUUUGUGCCCAGAGAAAUAUCUCUGAACUGUAAAGUCUUUUGACUGAAUUGAACUGUCCAUAACCAGAGAGCAGACCCCACUCCCCUCUAGCACUGAUGAUGUUACCUAAUUGAGUAAUGAAACAUCUGUAAGAAAAUAACCAAGCUCAGGGAGUACCAAAGACUCCACAGAUUGUACUUCAUUUAACACGUCUUGAUUUUACAUAAAUGCAAAUUCAUUCACUGUAGUAAACUAAAAUGAAUCAGUUGUUGUAUAAACCCAUUAUUGUUUCUUUUCUCCAGAGCUUUGAUUAAAGUAUUUUUAAUACAAGUUACCCCCCCUUUUUCAGCUUUGCAACAGCAAUAUACUGGUUGUAUCCACCAUUUUUUUACAAUAUACAUAUUAUUAUGCCACCUAGUUGCAACCAUUUAGGUCUUGUUUAUACAGUAUCAUAUUCAUAACUAUCGUUUCCAUAUUUCUAACACAAAUCUCUAUAUAUUUAUCAUUCUAAACAUUUUAUUUUACAUUCUUAUAACAUCUUACCAUAAUAUUGCUUAUGGUAAAUUUACCGUAAAUUUACCCCAAUGUAUGAAGUGAGAGUAGACAAAAUUGUAUGAUUUGUAUGAUACUUUACAGGUAGUCUUCCACUUAGGAUUGGUCGCUUAGUCACUGUUAGUAGUUAUAGAAUAACAGAGUUGGAAGCGACUUGUUGGAAGAAGACCUCAAAGUUGGAAGUCUUCUAGUCCAACCCCCCCCCCCCCCUGCUCAGGAAGGAAACCCAUACCAUUU